GAGCCGGGCUGGGCGUGGUUUUGUCUCGGUGCGGCCGUGUGGUUGGCGGAUAGGGGAGGAGGGCGGAGCCGGGUGAUGGCGAUGUGUGUUCGGGACCCGUGCGGGCUGCUCUGCCUUCUCCUCACCUACCUGAGUCUGAGCUACUCCGAGUACGUCAUCCUCCGACACAUCCUACUGGAAGACUAUGCCGGAAGUGUCUGGUGUCCCGUCCAUGCCGUCCUCUAUAACCUCAUCGUCUUCAUGCUGUUGUUGUGUCACACUCGGGCCGUCUUCUCAGAUCCAGGCGUUGUACCGCUGCCGGAGAUGGCCAUCGACUUCUCAGAACUGCGCAGCAAUCCACGCAAAAACGACCGGGGCAAUGAAGACUGGACCGUGUGCAAUCGCUGCGAGACGUACCGCCCUCCGCGGGCCCACCACUGCCGGAUUUGCCACCGCUGCAUCCGCCGCAUGGACCACCACUGUCCCUGGAUCAACAACUGCGUCGGUGAGCUCAACCAAAAAUACUUUGUCCAGUUCCUCUUCUAUACCGCUCUGGCCAGUCUGUACGCCAUGAGUCUUGUCCUGGGGACGUGGCUCCUGCCGGCACUGAGGGGCAGCGAUCCGGAGAAGGCGGGCCACCUACCCAACCACGUACAGAUAGCUCACUGCAUCCUCCUGCUGGUGGAGUCUGUCCUCUUCGGCCUCUUCGUCACUGUCAUUUUCUAUGACCAGAUCGUGUCCAUCAUCACAGACGAGACGCCCAUCGAGCAGCUGCGGAACAGACUGCUGAAGGAAGCGCGCAAGGAGGUGACGCACAGCCGCAAACCAAAGAUGGCCCUGNNNNUCUCCGCUCUGUCCCCAGGUUUCGUCAUCUGCUGGUUCUGCCCUCUGGUCACGCCCCCAACCUCGGGGGGGCCGGCGUACAGCUACCUCCCGGACUACGACGUAUAGUGGUCGCCGUGGGCGGAGCCUCACCC